AUGAACAUGGACGAAAGCGGAUGUCCAUCGUUUCGGAAGGAUUCGCCGUCGAAAAUGGCACACGGCGACGAUAGCUUCGGGGUGCCCCGGCGCCCGCCGCCGGCUGGUGGCCCCUACGGCGACGCCGCGCCCUAUCCCCUAGAGAAGGCCUAUCCAGCCCAAGAGGCUGAGACCUUGUUUCCCAGCUACCCCUUGAAGGAACCUGCGUUUCACUGCGAGCCAAGCGAGAGGGCCCGGUGGGAGCCGCCCGCUGCCUACACAUCUGCGCUGCCCGACAACCCGUACAAUCAGCAAGGCAGGAACUAUUUCGACGGCGACGUACGAGACUAUCCGACGGAGGGAGAGCGUGGUAGACAGCAGGAUUCGCCGGAGCUGUUCCAGGAACCAGGGAGGGCUUCGUGCUAUGGGGGGCAGCAGGAGCCGCGGACGCCAGAGUUUUACGGCCCCCCGACCACGUCGCUUUCUCAUGAGCAGCCCGGCGCCCAUUUGAGUGGCGAGGGGAACUACGGGGCCUUUCGCUCCAGGGAGCCCUCGUCUAUGGCAGUCCCUAUCGCUUCAACUCACACAACGCUACUCGAUCACUGCCGUACCAACGGGGGACGCGGGCGUGUCUCUAUCCCCCACGACGACGUGCGCCAGAGAGCUCUUCAAGGUCACCGAACCGCUGACCUUCUCAAGACUCCUUGUGACCACGACUUUUUCCAUCGCCGCAGGCUUCCUCCCAGUGUUGCUGCUUGCAUGCAGCCCGCAGGAAAGGAGGUUGACUGGAGUGAGAGAAGCAUGUUCCGUAAAUCCAUUCCGUCCGUUAUAUUUUCCAGCGAGCAGGUUGCAGACCGCCUCAGGCAAACACCGCCUUCCCAGAGACUGAAGGAAGAAGAGAGAAUGCGGACGGCGGAGCAGGGUAACAGAAGCAACAGGAGCGAAAGGGUUCAGUGCCUUUUACAACAGUCUGCCAUGCCAGACGGAACUAUCAGCAAACUGCCGCUUUUCACCGCGCAGGUGAAAGACUGUUCAUAUGACAGUUCGCUUCUGUUGAAUGGAGGAAGGCACUACAAGAAGCUGUUCCCCGCGCGGUCGGCGAUUGACGGGGUGUCGCCGCUUCUCCAGUCCACUGCUCAAGAAGAAACAGGACCCGGACUGACCUCGAAGUCGCGAGCCGCGCAUUCACAAGAUUCGUCGCAGUUGAGGAGUAUUCUGACUCAGGAGAUUCCGCCAGCUAACGGGGAACUGAAAGGCCAGCGACCGUGCUUCAGGAGCUCUUCCCUGGUGGCCGCGAAGAAUCCCCAGCGGUGGGGCGUCAACGUUUUCGCCUACGAUCUCCCUCCUCCUCGCCGCCAAUUCCAAGCGUCUCUGCGCGAUCACCUGGAUUCUAACCUCGUCCCUGACCAUAGCUCGGACGAUAUUACGCAUUGCAAGACGAUACAAGCUUCUGUCCUCCGGCCGUCUCUGGAUAUGUCCACGCUGACCCCGUUGAAAGACGUUCCUCAAAAGGGCGUCGCAAUGCGAGGGCGAGAAGCGGACAGCGUCCACCUGGAUGCUUGCUUGAUUCCCGUGCUUGCCGAUGAGGUACAGGGCCGCAGAGCACCUGGGACCCUUCGUCAGGAUGAGAGCUCCCUGCGGUCGGACUUUGUUCCUGUUAAAGAAGCUACAUACCGUCACAAACGCCACAUCCUAGCUGCGCAUGACCAUCUUCAAGUGGAUAUGGUCCCAGAUACUGAGGAACGCCACCGAAGACAGAGACCGGCCCCCGCGUUCUGCCGAGCUCCAUCGAUUCCGCUUGGUAUGACAUGGGCGUAA